AUUGCGAAGCAUGAAAAGAUACAAGGAAAUCCGAACGGAACGUUAUAUAACAGUAUUAUUUUGGCCUAGUUGUAGAUCUAUUACGAUACAUAACAUAGACUUGAUGUAUUUGAGACAAAGUUCAUUUAAACGACUCAAAUUAAUCUAAAAUGACCGAUUCUGAAAUAUGGCCAGAGAAAUUCGACGGAGCUGUUUAUGGUUUGACAGUUGUUAUUACAUCCAGCUUUUUAUUUUAUGUAUUGGGUAGAAUUGCACAUGUUCUUACUCCUGCCAGUGCAUGCCACUCUCCCUGGAGAUGGAAAAACAUUUCAGUUUCAUUAGUCCAUGCUGUUAUUGUUGGUACGUGGGCUUGCUUAAGUUUUUAUGAAACUCCUAAAAUGGCAGAAGAUAUGAUAAAAACAUACAACAAUUCAGCACAUACAUUAAUAAGUUUUUCUUUUGGAUAUUUUGUGUAUGAUAUGUGGGAUAUGUUGAUAUAUCAAAGAAACAGACAUUCCUUUGAAUUAAUGGGCCAUCAUGUUGUGAUAUUUGUUUGUUUUGGUAUUGCCAUAGUAACAAAGUUGUAUAUUGGAUAUGCAGUGGUUGCCUUAGUGAUAGAAAUUAACAGCAUCUUCUUACAUAUUAGACAGUUGUUACAAAUCUGUAGAUAUUCCAAAAAUAAUAGUGCUUAUAGACUCAACAGUCUUAUUAAUUUAGGAACAUUUGUUGUGUGUCGUAUAACUGUGAUGGCAUGGAUGAGUAGAUGGUUGCUAAUCAACAAAGAUCUCGUCCCGUUGAUAUUUUAUUCCAUCGGCAGUGUAGGCUUAGCCGUUAUGACAGUUAUGAAUAUUAUCUUAUUCUACAGGCUUUUACAGAGUGAUUUUAUAAAGAAAAAUGAAUCAAAAAAAGAAAAUUCCCAUUGACAAAGUUUACAGGCAGCAGACAUUUUUUCCAUGUUUUAUACCUCAUUUAUAAAAGGUCCCUAUGUGAUCAAAAUAUUUGGGGGAUUGUAAUGUAUAAUUAAUGUUCAGAAUUGUAUUGUAAUAUAUGUAUACUGUGAUUUAUUGUUUUUAUAUACUUUUGACAGUCUGUAUGGGGGUACAUCAUUUCUGUAAUGUUUAAUUUCUUAGGCCAUUUUUUAAAUUGAAGUAACCCAUUAUUGUUUAAUUUUAUUUAUUUGCCUUUUUUUCUCUAUUGUUUAUUUUUUUCAAUCAUUUUUCUGUCAUGUCUGUAGUAUUUGCUAUUGACCCAUUAUUCUUUAUUCUGUUACCCCAUCCAGAGCCACACUAAUUGUACAAAUAAUUUGAAAAAAGUGGAAUUUAAUAUAGAAUGCUAGCUUUCCUUAUUUAUUCAAAUAUCAAAACUUUUUUGUAGUUUAUCUUUUAUUUGUAUUAAUCUUGAUUAAGAUAUUUCAGUAUUAUUCAGAUUAUUUCAUAUUUUAUUGAGCAUUUAUGUCUGGAAUCCACAUCUUCUUUAUUAAAUAUUAAAUGAAAACAGUCUAGCAAGAAUCGGUCAAUUAUUUAACACAGCAUAAGAAGACGUGUAAGAAAGCCACUAUCUUUUUGCAGAUACAAUUUUUUCAGUUUUAUGUUUUUGUUAAUUUUUUAUUCAUUUUAUUUGAAAUUGUAGCUUUUGAAGAAUUUUUAUUUUAUGUUGGCAUUAGUUUUUCCACUAAAAAGCGCAAAUCAAAAGUCCGUUUUCAUUAAAUGUGCUGCGAUAAAAAGUAUCAUAAAGAAUAUGGAUACAUUACUUUUAAUUCCACUAUUCUUUCUGUUCAAUCAAUUU